AUGCCGUCGACCGAGGCCAACACGGUUCCCGACACGCAAUUGGGUCUGACGGACGACGAGAUCCAGCUCCUUCGCUAUCACCAGACACAAGCUGGCUCCUCAUCCUCGCGGGCGGCUAGCCGCGCAUCAUCCCAGGGCCGGCUGCUUCUCGAUAGCUCAAGCCUUGCUGCCUUGUCCUCCCAUCUUAACCGGUUGAUGCAGCAGAUUCAGGCGAGAAUCGAGUACCUCAGCGAGCAGAGUUCGAUAGUGACGAUGCAGCAAUAUGACCGAGCGGGCAACAUCAUCGAUAACGCGGACGCGGAAAUUGCGCGCUUCAAUGAUAUCAUGAUGCAGAUAGACGAGCUGGAGCUGGACUUUGACCGAAUACGGCACAUCAGGGACAUAGUCAGAGGCUAUCGCCAACGAGUCGAAGAAUUGGAUCGUGAGCUGGAACACUCGAGUUCCUCGCGGCGGGACCGUGACGGACAUCACCACCACCACCAUCGGCAUGGGCAUAGCCACUCGCAUCGGCAGGAAGGUAGCUCUACGGGCCGCAGGCACCAUCGCCACUAA